GGUCGUUCAUUCGAAUGGGCCGCACAUCGUCAAGCUAGCAUUCUGUGACUGUCAAUCGGUUGAGCACCAUAUUCAGCUACUCCGCACUCGCUGGAUGCCCGUAACGUGGAAGCGACCACGUACUGCCGUGACUUUUGACUUCCUCAAGACCUUUCAACUCCUGUCCCUCACCGCGAAGACUACGUUAUGGGACUAUCACCAAACCGUCCAGUACAAGGCUGAUAAUGCCACUGUACGUGCUGUCUCAUACCAUCGACACGCAAUUGAAUUCGCCGAGCGCAUCUGGCGUCACCUCAAGCAACUGCAGUGGGCGGGAUGCGUCUUCAUUAAUGAAGGCGUCGUGAAAACGCCACGCGGGGCCCUUUCGGUAAUCUGUCCAGCUUGCCCGCAUCCAGGAAUCAACGCCCCUCUCGAUUUACACCAUGUCCCAUUAGAAGAAAGGUGGAAAUAUGCUCUAUUCAUCGCCGUCGAUGCUUGUUUUCGGCUCAAACUCAAGGAUCGCGGUAUCGAGGAUGUGAUAUUCGGUGACGGGUGGUCUUAUUUUGUGAACGCAGAGCAGUAUCAGGAGCAUCUGAAGGCGGCAAACGAUGCCGAGGAGAUACCGCCGUGCGGAAAUCAGUAUCACGCCGUACAGCAGGCGCUCACGCGGGGCAAUUCGAAGACGGUCGCUACCGGUGUUGUUGGCGUAGUAUGCUCCCGUCAUGUCUUUUUGCUUCCGAACGGCAUGGGUGAUUUGCAGAAAGGCGAACGCUAUGCUAACGUCGACUUCGUCGUGGCUUCUGCGCUUUCAUUGGUCGCCAAGAACGUCGCGACAGUCAAUAUGUCAUACGAUAUCAUGUGCAUUUACUGCAUCAACCUGUGGAAGCGGUUUGGGGCACUUCCGGCGUUCUUGAUCUUCGCUUGGGCGGUCCUUCUCCGGUUCUUUAUUCCGAAAUUUCAUCUUUAUGCUCACGGUCCCGGGUGUCAAUGCAACUUCUCGUUCGACGUGAACGCAGGAGUCGGCCGUUCCCAUGGUGAAACCAUCGAGCAGCUCUGGGCGUAUCUUGGUAUAUGUGCCACCAGUACCCGCGAGAUGGGCCCCGGACAUCGUCAAUUGGUGCUUGAAGAUAUGGUGGGCGGCGGGAACUUUAGGAAAAGGGCUAAUCUCAGGUCGCAUUUUGCCAAGCACCUGCCCGAAGCCAUCCAGCUUCGCAACGCCUAUCAGGACAUCGCAUCAAAAUUCUCUGCGACUUUCCCCCCGACAGCCGUCGAGAAGUGGCGUCAGAUGGUGAUUGCAUGGCAACAGGACCAUUCCCAGCCGAAUCCGUUCGCAGAGCCUGAGAGAGCGAACAACCUCAGCACUCUUCGGGAGGAGCUCGCUCAUGAACAAGAUGAGACAACCACCAUACCAUUGCAUAAGUCGAGCGUGGCAGAUCUCAUCACGACCGGGCUUGCAUUAGAAGAGAAGCAACGAGUUCUCGAUCAGCGCAUCAGUAAUCACGCGCAGCAUACCGCUCAUCAAAAGGUUUCAAUUCAACAACAGCGCGCUUCUUUGAAGUACGCAUUGUAUGAAUUCAUCAAAGCCCAAGCCGUGUACAUGCCGACCUGCGCAAGUUUGCGAUCGUCUACGGCUACGGCUAGCAAAGAUGGCAACCGCGACCCCGAGGAUCACGAUCCCUUGGCCAACGUCUUGCCCGAGAAAGCACCCCUCCUGCUCCCCUCGUCAUUCAAGGCUGAGAGACUUCGGGCAAAAGUCUGCCCUGCGAAUAUCAUUUACAUCGAACGCCGUAUGCGCGUAGCGCAAGCAGAAGACGCGCUCGUCGACCUACGCCGCCUUCGCCGUGUAUAUCAAGGCUUGAGCGAGCGCCUCCGAAAAAGUGUGUGGGGUGUUGGGCAGAAAACGAACACGAGGUCAAGGUCGAUUCUCGAUGGAUUUCGCGACAAGAUCACUCGCUGUAAACUGCGAUAUCAAGCCGCAUGGACAGCUUUGAACGUCCUUGAUCCUGGGGGGUCUUGGUCGACGUAUCUGCUGGAGUUGAAGGAUGUGCACGUCAGCGGGCCGGGAAGGGACGAGGACGAAGAACUCGACCAACAGAAGCGCAAGCAGCCCCCGUACGUCAAGUCCUGGAUUUGGACGACACCCGUGCCGAACGAACGCGCCUUCUCUGUUGACGACAUUUCGGAUGUCGAGUUGAACGAGCAGGUUCGAGCGGAAUGGGCCAAGACGGACGCCCGUGCAGCGCGAUGGGCAGAGGAAGUCGUUCUUCUGGUGGAGGAAAUGCGGCGGACUAUCGUAUGGAUGGAGUGGAAGGCUGAAUGGUGGCUAUCUCAACCUGCUCGUCGUACCGACAUCUCUGAAAGUCUCCGACACUCCCUCGACGCCUCUGCCUGUAAGCAAGCAUCGAUACUCCGUCGGCAAGUGCGCGGUUUUGCGGCGAAGUGGGUCCCAGUGCUCCUCAAACACAACCUCGGCAGCGACUGGGUAGGACCAUACAUCAAGUACGGCAAACCGCGUAAACGCAAGCUUGCUCAGGACAGGCUGCGGCUCAGCCUGGCUCAAGGUGCUGACGCCGGCGCCGUUGCUGCCGCCGUCGAACCCGGUCCCGCAACGGCCACUAUUGCGGAAGCUGGUCCCGCCGACUUUGGACCUGCCGCUGUCGCUGCGGACGUCAACAAUGUUCCGAACUCAGCUCGCGAUGCCGCAGUCACUGACGACGCAGAUUCUCGUCUUGUCUCAUCCUCGCCAGCUUUGGUUUCCCAACACGAUUUCGAUUCCUUUGAGGACGACAUCGACGACGACAACGUGGCCGAUCCGGAGCAGCUUCUGCAAGAUGCAUGGGAGGGAUACUUAGACGACUAG